ACUGCAAGUCUCGAAUUGGAGGCUGGCUUGACACCAGUUUCCUUUUUAGCCAAACUGUAGUUCGUCAUUUUGCUUCAGGCUCUUCCCCGGAGAGGAUGUACGAAAGAGUUUAAGAAAGUUCGGGACCUUUUUUCCUUUUUUAAAUCCCGUGGAUCCACUGGGUCACUUUUUCUGUGUUUCAUCCAUGAGUAUCUCUGUGCUCUUGCUGCUCGUCGCCGCACACUCCUCUUGCACAGGAACAGCGGCCUCAGCAAACAAUGUACCAAAGAUCGUAGCCUCUGCAGGUGAAACUGUCCUCCUGCCCUGCAGCACCACUGCUAGCGACAAUGUACCAACAGUAGAGUGGAGUAGGGAGGGUUUACCUCCAGAUAUUGCCUUCCUGUACCGAGAUGGAUGUGAGACCUUCGAGAUGAAGAAUCCAGUCUUUCAGUACAGAACAAACCUCAUCAGGGAUAAACUUCACCAUGGAAACCUGUCAAUGGUGAUGUCCAACGUGCAGCGAAAUGACAGUGGAAAAUACCAGUGUGCGAUUGUUAGGAACCCGAAAACAGUCAUCGCAAGAGUGGAGCUGUUUGUAGGUGCUGUUUCUGAGCCGACACUCUCAAUUGUUCCAGAUGUGGGAGGUGGACUGACUCUGCAGUGUGAGGCCAGGUGUUGGUUUCCUGAGCCUACGAUUAGAUUUCUUGAUGCUCAGGGAAAUGAAAUCAGUGCUGAAGACCCAAAGAGAGAUAAAGAGUCUUUGGGAUGCUUCACCGUCAAAAGAAGAGUCACUCUGCAGACUGCUACCAACAGGGUCACCUGCAGAGUUCACCAGCCUGAGGUAAACCAGACCAGGGACUCAGAGAUUUACAUAUCAGAUGAAUGCAUGAAAUCCUCCACUCGAAUCAUCGCAACUGCUGUGGUGACGACCAUCAUGGUGCACACAGUAAUCUGUGUUUUUACUUUGCUCUUUUUAGUCCAGAGAGGUUACUUGUCUGUGGGACGACAAAAAUCGAGCUUGGAGAAAGACGAGAUCAAGCGAUUAACUAAAGAGCUGAACGACCUCAAAUCCAGGCAGAGUCCAGCACAACAGUCCAGCCAGUCCUCAAAUAACCCUAGAUCCUCACCAGGCACCUCUGAAUGUGGCAUCCCACCCCCACCAAAGUCUCCCUACCAAAGCAAGCCCCUUAAGCCAGCAUCCUCAGCCAACGGCAGCCAUCCAAAAUCUGGCACCUUACCCCAGACUAAGGACUCAAAACCUGUUGCGUUAAGACAAAAUCCAGCACGCAGCCCACAGAUAAGAAGAAGCAGUUAUGGCGGCAGUUCUGCUGUCUCAAUAACUAAUGAUGCUGUGUCAUUCACUCCUCUAGAUUCAAAAGAAAAGCCUUUUCCCCGUUCAACUAGUCUGUCUGUGAAACGGACUCAUGGAGUCAUUCCAAGGUCUCCACGCAGGAAUACUCUCUCAGGCAUUUCUAACAACCCAUACGGUGUCCUGGCAGAUUUAUCCGAAGAUGAAAAUCUGAUUGGAUAAAGAGUGAUAACUAAAUGUGAUCAGGCAGGUUUAAAAAUUGUAUAAAUAAUAAUAAUAAUAAUAAUAAUAAUAA